GUGUGGUGGAGAUGAAAGAUAAUACAAUGACUCAUCAAAAGCUGAUCUUCUCAACAAGUUUUAGCCUCAAGGAACAGAAAAUAUUUGCUUGUGGAGCUCUCAUUGGUUGCCUCAUCAUUACACUCACAUUUUUCACGGUUUUCAAGACCUUUCUUGUUCCUAUAUCAACAUCUAAUUAUUCUUUCACCAAACCAGACCACGAGCGUGUAGCUCAAUUGAUGUCCGUUGCUGUUGCCAUUGGAAAGAGCUUUCACCAGGAUCAUUUUGAAGUACGGACCGCGAUUAAUCCGAGCAUUCGUAACUGGAGCAAUUCGAGAUCGGACGUGUACGAAAUAACCGGCGAUGUGAGAUUCCACGGCCGCUCGUCCACCAUCUUCGUAUACGAUUCUCCUAUAAACAACAAAAACACCUCCUCCUCCGAGUGGACACUAAAACCGUACGCCCGAAAAUUCGACAAGUUUGCCAUGAGUAAGGUCUCCUCCAUAACCGUAACAAAAAAAAAUAACAACCAAACCCCGAUCAAUAUGCCUAAUUGCAACAACACGCCACGCGUGCGCACACCUGUCGUCGUCUUCUCGACGGGCGGCUACUCGAGCAACUACUUCCACGCCUUCACCGAUGUCCUCUUGCCGCUCUACUCAACGUCCGUCCGUUUCAAACGAGACGUUCUCUUCCUCACGCUCGACGGGCCCAAAUCAUGGGCCCACAAGUAUAAGAACAUUCUCGACAAGCUCUCUAAAUACGACGUUAUCUCCAUCCCCAAGUCAGAGAAUAAUCGUGAUCGCGUGUUUUGCUUCUCGCGUGUGGUCGUGGGCCUAAGGGCCGGGAGGGAGUUCGCGGCCGACGAGCGCUCGACGCCAGAGUUCGCGCGGUUGGCGCGGAGCGCAUACUCACUCGAGAGGGGGGAUGUGAAGAGUAAUUAUUCGAAACCGAGCCGAAUGCUGGUCGUGGCGGUGAGGGAGAUGGGGGAUGACGUGGCGGAGAACGCGCGGGUCGUGAACGGGUUUGACGUGAUGGUGGGGGUUCACGGGGCGGGGUUGACGAACAUGGUGUUCCUUCCGCGAGGGGCGGUUGUGGUGCAGGUCGUGCCUUACGGGCUGGAAUGGGUGGCUCGGCAGUGCUUUGAGGGCUUGGCGCGGAGUAUGAAGUUAGGGUACGUGGCGUACGAGGCGGGAUUGAAUGAGAGCUCGCUAGCGGUGUCUGGGGAGAUUAAUCCGGAUGCUGUCCGGAGGAAGGGGUGGGGGGCUUUUAAGGCUGUGUAUUUGGACGGUCAAGAUUUGCGGAUGGAUUUGGGGAGGUUUAGGGGGACUCUUGUGAAGGCAUGGGAUUUGCUUCAUGACAAUACAAUGACUGAUCAAAAGCUGGUAUUCUGGAGAAGCUUUAGUCGCAAGGAACAUAAAAUAUUUGUUUGUGGAGCUCUCAUUGGUUGGCUCAUUAUUGCAGUCACAUUUUCCACUGUUUUCAAGCCCUAUCUUCAUCCUAUAUCAACAUACCACGAGAGUGUAGCUCAAGUGAUGUCCGUUGCUGUUUCCAUCGGAAAGAGAUUUCACCAAGAUCAUUUCGAAACAGAGAGUUCAUCGAUUAAUCCGAGUAUUAUCCGUAGCUGGAACAAUUCACGAUCCGACGUGUACGAAAUAACCGGCGACGUGAGAAUCCACGGCCGCUCAUCCACCAUCUUCCUACAUUCUCCUAUAAUAAACACCACCACCACCACCACCACCUCCGAGUGGACACUAAAACCGUACCCCCGAAAAUUCGACACGUUCGCCAUGAGUAAAGUCUCCUCUCUAACCCUCAAACACGCAACAUCAACACCUAAUAAUAACUGCUACGACAAGUCGUCCACGCGGAAUAGUAGUACCCCCGCCAUCGUCUUCUCCACGGGCGCCUACGCGGGGAAUCAUUUCCACGCCUUCACCGACGUCCUCUUACCCCUCUACUCCACGUCCGUUCAAUACACCCGAGACGUACUCUUCCUUACGUUAGACGGCUCCCCCUCGUGGGCCCACAAGUACGAGAAAAUCUUAAACCGACUCUCCAAACACGACAUCAUCUUCAUCCACGAGCCCGAGAAUCGCGACCGCGUGUUUUGCUUCUCGCGACUCAUCGUGGGCCUCAAGGCCCACGAUGAGGAGUUCAUGGCUGACGAGAGAUCGAUGCCCGAGUUCACUAGUUUGGUACGGAGCGCGUACUCACUCGAGAGGGGGAAUGUGAAGAGUACUAAUUCGAAACCGAGCCGAAUGCUGGUCGUGAGUCGGAGGAAGGGCCGGCGGCUCGUGAACCGGGCGGAGGUUGCACGCGCAGCGCGGGGGGUGGGGUUUGAGGAGGUGGCGGUGAGGGAGAUGGGGGAUGACGUGGCGGAAGCCGCGCGGCUCGUUAAUGGGUUUGAUGUGAUGGUGGGUGUUCACGGGGCGGGAUUGACGAACAUGGUGUUCCUUCCGCGAGGGGCGGUUGUGGUGCAAGUCGUGCCUUACGGGCUGCAUUGGGUGGCCCGACACUGCUUCGAGGGCCCGGCGAGGAGAAUGGAGCUGAGGUACCUAGCGUAUGAGGCGGGAUUGAACGAGAGCUCGUUGGGGAAUGUUACGGAUCCGGAGACGGUGAGUCGAGAGGGGUGGGGUGCUUUUAAGGCGAUGUAUUUGGACGAACAGGAUUUGCGGGUGGAUUUGGGGAGGUUUAGGGGGACUCUUGUGAAGGCAUGGGAGCUGCUCCUGCUGGCGGAGGACAAGUUCCAGUCCCCACCUUUGGUGUUGCAGUCAGUCCUAGCCCUAAUCCAGAUCCCCAGUGGAUUUCGGGAGUUAAAUCAAAACUUGCGUUGGAGCCGGGAAGAAGAGAAAGCUUUCGAAAAUGGCAUUGCCAUGUAUUGGAGCAGUUGUAACAGUGAUGAGCAGAAAUGGAGGCAGAUUGGGUGCAUGGUGCCGGGCAAAAGCAUUCACGAGCUGAAGCAUCACUAUGAGCUUCUUGUGGAUGACGUUGCUGCCAUUGAAGCCGGAACUGUUUCAUUGCCUAAUUACACGGCCAGCCAACCUCCGUACUCCCAUAAGGAACAUUAUUCUGAAAACAACAACAAUAAUAAUAAUAAUAAUAGGCCUAGUUUUGUUAGUUCUAAAAAUAACAGUUUCCCAGCACUGGUCUCGGGAGACUGCGGAGCAGUGUCCACCUCCGGUGGUCAGUCAAGUAAAGGAGGGUCGAGUAGAUCUGACCAGGAACGACGUAAAGGGAUUCCCUGGACUGAAGAAGAGCACAGAUUAUUUUUGCUUGGUCUCGACAAAUUCGGGAAGGGAGACUGGAGAAGCAUCUCGAGGAACUUCGUGAUAUCAAGGACCCCGACCCAAGUGGCGAGCCACGCUCAAAAGUACUUCAUCCGACUCAACUCCCUCAACAGAGAGAGGAGAAGAUCGAGCAUACAUGACAUCACCAGCAUCAACGGUGGUGAAGUCCCGUCUCCCGCGCCACAUCAUCAUCACAAUCAACACGCGAAUCCUCCCAUAGUCAAGCAAGGAAGACCCAACAGUGCAAUAAACGGGCUGGGAUUGGUGUACGGUGGUGGGGCCCCCGUGGGGCAACCGGUGUCCAUUCCCCCGGGCCAUCAUUUCCCACCGUCUGCGCUCGGGACACCUGUCAUCAUGCCGCCACCUCAGCAACAUCAACACCAUCUGCCUUACGUACUUCCACUAGGCUGCCCCAUGCCGCCACACCCGUCGGCCCCUACAAAUCCGUAACAUUGGAAUAAGGGCUCUUUCAAUACUGACCUAUCUAUCGGGAUCAUAGAUCUAUGUAGAAUGGAUGUUGUGUUGGCAUUCUUUCGACUUUGUAUGUAUUCAUCUUCCCUGCAUAAGAGAAGAGUUGGUUAUAAUUCCAUGAAGUGUUGAGUUCAUUGAUUGAGUCGGAGGCGAACACCUUAUUGUCUUUCAGGCUGGCUGCAUUUUGAAGAUCCUCUCAUUGUCGAAGCUAAAGAGAGUAUUGCAGAGAUUCGGGAGUGUAGUAAGCAAAACAGUCUUGACCUGGCUCUCUGGACUCUGGAGAAUCUUCGAUAUUUUUUACCUGCUUAUUUUACUAAUAGAAUAGUAACCCAUGUUUUCUUUUCUGAAUGCGUGAUUGUUUAAAAAUGAUAGUGCCAAGGAAGUUGUAAGUUAUAAGUUUACAAUUUAGUUUCAUCCAAGCAAGUUAUAGUCACGUCUUUGCUUUCUUCCAAUCUCUAUGUAUAACCUGCUUCUUCUAAACACAAGUAAUGGAAAGUCGAUAAAUCGUGC